AAUGCAACCAUAUAUUAAAACCCCAUCCCAAAACCACACCAUGUCUCAGCCAACUCCCACCCCGGUCGACGUCGACGCGCUCAACCACAUCCUCGGCGUCAUCGAGGCCUUCCGCGCCUUCGACUCCGACAACGACGGCUUGAUCAACGCGCAGGAGCUCGGCGGGAUCAUGGCCUCGCUCGGGUACAACGUCACCGAGCGCGAGGUACAAACCCUCAUGCACGGAGACGGGCAGCUGAGCCUGGCCGAGUUCGUCGAAAUGAACACGCAGAGCCUCCAAUUGAGCGGCCUCGGACCGCUCAAGGCGGCGAUCCGAGGCCUCAACAUGCAGGAAAACGACGUCGUGACGGCGGAGGAGCUCCACCGAGGCGUUUGUGAUUUGGGGGUGGAUCUGUCGUUGGAUGAUUGCAGGGAGAUUGUGGGAGCGAUGGACGGGGAUGGAGAUGGAGCUGUGAGUGUGGAGGAGCUUAAUCUUAUUGUUGAUUCUCUUCUUUAGGUUUUUCAUUUUUGGAUGUUGUGAUGAAUGAAAUUUAUAACUAGUGUGAGAGGCAGCAUAGGUUUAUUUUAUGUGUGUCACGUUCAUCAUAUAUGUGUUUAUUGAAUUUGGUUUGGUAUA